AUGACUAGUGCACAAGAUUCCAAAUUCUUAAGUGUUCAUAAUUUAACUAAAAAAGAUCAAAGCAAAGUUGGCCAGCAGCAAACAAGUCCUUAUUUAUCCCCGAUUUCUAGAUCUACAACAUCUCUUCGGCCUAAAACUCCUUUAAAGUCUCAAAAGUCAAUGAAUCAAAAAUCCAAAAAUAAUCCAGUAUUUAAUACAAACGAAAAAAAGCUGAACAAAUCUCUUACCAUAAUGCACCGUUUAAGCACCUCUUGCUUAGACUCUACUCCCAGUGCUGCUCAAAGAAGAAAAUCCUCGCUUUUAAAAGUUGAAAUCCUGAAGCCAAAAAAAGCCAGCAUAAAUAAAUCCCUCACAAUUAUGAACCAUUCAAAUUCCUCAUACUUAGAGCCAACACCUAAAGCACCUAAAAGAAGAGUGUCUUCUUUAUUAAAAACUGACGCUUUAAAAGCAAAUAAAAAUGACUAUUAUCUAGGAAGCACUUUUGACUGGAUUUUGCAGCUUCUCAAAGAAAAAACUGCUAAAACUAAGAAGCGGCAUGAAGAAAUAAACCCGAAUGAAUUAAUUUUAUGAGCCUUCAACGAAAUCAUUACAAGGCUUCCUUUUUUAGAAUUAUUCAAAGUACUAAAAGACAGCUUUCUCUCCAUUUCAUCGGAAAAUGAAAACACCCCACAAGUAUUAAAAUUGAAGCAGCAAAUAAAAUCAUUAGAAUCAGAAAUUUCUAAAUUAAAGAGCAGUAACAGCUUAAUAGAAAGCAAAUUAAAAACUCUGUCAGAAGAAAAUAUAAAAUAUUCAAAUCAGGCUGAAGAACUCAAUAGGGAAGUUAAAAAUUGAAGAGCGGUAAAGGAUAAAGGCAUAGAUUUCUCCAAAGGGAGCGUGGAGGCUAAGUUGAUUUUAGAUGAAAAUGAGAAAAAAGGAGAAAUGAUUAGAGAACUGACAGCUGAAGUUGACGAAUUGACUUUAAAAGUUGCUAAAUUGACAAGUACUCUGUGCUUGGUAGAACAGCAAGGAGGAAUAACAACAAAGGUUUUGCAGGAGUUUAAAGAUCAAGCUAAUAAAGAUAUGAAUGGAAGGAGAGGGUCAAUGGCUGUAUUUGUUCCUGCUUUGUUGCUAUCAUCAGGGCAGAUAAAAGAAGAAAGCAAAGAGCUUGAAUGUUUAAAAAAUAUUGAUAUGCUUUUGUCUGAUGAUUUGUUUAUGCAAAAAAGAAUAAGUCCUGUUCCAGCGUUAAAAUUAGAAGAAAUAAAGCAAGUUGCUGAAGACUAA